AUGUAUGGCAAAUGCGGCAGCUUGCAGCGCGCGUGGGAUGUUUUUGAUGCCAUCCCCAACAAAGAUUUAGUGUCGUGGACUGCCAUCAUCACUGCUUAUGCCCGAAAUGGGCAUGGCCGCCAAGCGAUCCACCUCUUCCAUGAGCUGGAAUCGCAGGGAUUCCAUCCCGAUGCCUUCACCUACACCGCUGCUCUGGACGCCUGCUCAUCGAGCAAGGAUCUAACACAGGGCAAAGCACUCCACUCAAAGAUUCGAGAAAGAAAUCUCGAAUCCAAUGCCGCAGUUGCAAAUGCGCUGAUGAACAUGUAUUCGAAUUGCGGUUUCUUAGAUCUAGCGAGGAAUAUAUUUGAAAAUGUAAAAGAAAGAAACGUAAUAUCUUGGAACACGAUGAUUGGAGCAAAUACCCAGUGUGGACAUUUUGGCAAGGCUUUGGAGCUAUACAAAGAGAUGGAUUUGCCGCCGACGCCCGCGACGUUCGUCAAUGCCAUCGCUGCGUGCUGUGGACUGCUGGAUCUCUCGCAGGGAAAGAUCAUCCACUGCCAGGUUCGAUCCAUGGGGCUGGAAGAGAACGCGAUCGUGGCGAGCGCGCUCAUCGAUUUCUACGGCAAAUGCGGUAGGCUGGACGAGGCGCGAGGGGUGUUCGAUCGGAUCAAGAACAGAUCGAGAAGCGCCCACGUCUGGACGGCGAUCAUAUCGGCCUACACACGAUCGGGGCAUCCGGCCAGAGCGCUCGAGAUCUACAGAGAAAUGGCCAGCAUCCGAGAGAUCCAUCCCGAUGCGGUGACGUUCGUUGCGGUUCUAAACGCGUGCUCGAUCUUGAGGUGCCUAGAAGAGGGCCGACAGAUACACAGGAUGAUCGCGAGCGAUCAAAAGAGAAGAUCGAUGCUGGAAGAGAAUGGAUUCGUGGCGAAUUCGCUCAUCAAUCUCUACGGCAAGUGUGGCUGCGUAGAAGACGCGAGGAAAGUUUUCGAUUUGAUCAAGAACAGAGAUGUUGUAAGCUGGAACUCUAUCAUUUCAGCGUACGUCCAACAGGGCAAUCACCGUGAAGUGAUCCAUCUCUUCCAGAGAAUGGAAUCAGCGCUGGAACCCAACGAGAUCACAUUCCAGAGCGUGCUAGCGUCGUGCUCGCAAGCCAGAGAUUUUGAUCUGGGCUGCGAGAUCCACGCUCGUAUCGAUCGCCAAGGCUCCAUCACGCUCGCUCGCGAUUCAAAGCUCGCGAUCGCGGUCGUGGAGAUGUACUGCGGGUGUGGCUUCCCGGAUCGAGCUCAGAGGAUCAUCGAGGAGCAAAGAAUUCCGGAUUCUUGCGCAUGGACGACGACGCUGGCGGCAUACGCUCACGAAUCCAGACUCCCGGAGUUUUUCGAGCUUCAUCUCGAAAUGGAGCUCCACGGGGUGGAUUUCGACGCUGUAACUUACGUGUGCCUUCUCACUGCAUGCAGCCACGCGGGGAUGAUUGAUCGAGGAAGAGACUUCUUUUCCUCCAUGGCCGAUGAUCGAAAGAUCUCUCAAGCGGUGGAGCACUACGCGUGUGUUGUGGAUCUGCUGGCGAGGGCGGGGUGGCUAACUCAAGCCGAUGAGUUGAUUCGGGUGAUUCCGUUUGAAGUUGAUGUAGAAACGUACAUGGCGCUGCUGGGUGCGUGCAGAAUGCAGAAUGACUUCUGUCUGGGGUGCAGGAUUGUGCGGCGUGUUCUGCAGUUGAACCCACGCCACCUUGGUGCAUACUCUCUACUCCACAACAUGCUCACCAACUUUGCAAGUUAA